AUGACGGCUUCCGCCAACCACUCGUACUACCCGCCCAACGUCGUCAUUGACGGCUACGUCGCCAACACGCUAUCGACGGCGCAGAUUCUCGCCAUCUUCACCACCACGCUCACCGCCAUCCUGGGGUCCUGCUUCGUCCUCAUCCGUCGCGCGCGGCCCUCCAUGCCCGCGACCGAGGUGGCCACCGCGCUGUGGUUUGUCCUCUGCGGCGUCAUCCAUCUCGGCCUCGAAGGACACUACGCCCGUCACGAGCACCACAUCGGCGCCUCCUCCCACGUCCUCUCCCAGCUCUGGAAGGAGUACUCGCUCUCCGACUCGCGCUACCUCACCCGCGACAGCUUCCUGGCGUGCAUGGAGGCUGUCACCGCCUUCCUCUGGGGUCCGCUCUCCCUCCUCUGCGCGUACGGCGUCGUUCGCGGCCGCGCCUGGCGCCACCCAGUCCAGUCCAUCAUCUCGCUCGGCCAGCUCUACGGCGACGUCCUAUACUACGGCACAUGCACGUACGAGUUCGCAGUUCGCGGGCUCGAAUUCUCCCGCCCGGAGCCGUACUACUUUGUCGGGUACUACGUCUUCCUCAACGCCUUUUGGAUCGUCAUCCCAUCCAUCCUGCUGCUCUCGAGUGCUAGGGCGACGACCAACGCGUUUGCGAAGCUCGAGAAGCUCGAAGGCCGCGCCAAGAAGCACUAG